CUGUAAUCAGUUACGAUUGAAUGGGGGACUCUUUUACCGUUAGUUUGAAUAGUGUAUAAACACAAAAGGUAAAAUCGAACGGGAUUAGCUUUAACGCUAAAGGAAAUCAUGCUGGUAGUGUAUUAUGGGAAAUAUAUAAUUCAAAUAGUGACUGUGGUAAUUGGAUGAUUUUGGACAAUGUUUUGAUUUUCGUAAUAAUGGAGUGAUACUGUGUUUACAUUUUGUCUGCACUUUUAGUGUUUAACUGGUGCUAAUUUCUUUAUGGUUGUAUAUGUAUGCUGGAAAUUAAAAAUUUAUGGUGCUUUAAAGUGUUGAAAAUAAACUGAUCAGCAUGUAUAUAGAAAGCUGCUGAUAAAGUGAUCUCAGGAAUUAAAAAAAAAUGUUAUAAUCGGAUUUUAUAGAAGGGAGUUAAUUAAAAGGGUAUGGAAGGAGAUAGGGGCUAUACAGGAAGUCCUGGCCCCAGUAAGAAAGUCACAUGGAAAGAACCUAUAGAACAAGCGGAGUACAUGGCGAAGGCACGUGAUUUAGAGAGGGAGUUGCGGUCCUUGACCGUGGAGAAGGCCAGGGCAGAGGCAAUGUUGGAAGAUGUUCAGGUACGGUUGGACAGACAGGAAGAGACUGUAACCAGGCUGCGGAGUGAGAAUGCCAACCUCAACCAUGAUCUCGACCAACUCAUCAAUGUUAUAAGCACUGCCAGAACAACAGGAAAAUGGGAGGUGGAAAAUGUCAGAUUUCGAGAAAUAACACCAGAACAAGUUUUUGGAUCUAUGCAUGAACAUCUCACACGCAUGCGAAUGUCAGAUGACUCCACAUCACAUGACCUCAGGGACCUUCGAGAACAGAUCAGCAGGAAAGAUGACCUGAUCAGUCGUUUACAGGCCGACCUCGCUCAGAGGCAACGACUUUCUUCAGAACAGAGAAGUGGAGAUUUCGAUACAGCAUCUAGUCAAGGACAGUCGGAAAAGGAUUAUACCAUUGUAAAAUUGAAAACAGAUCUCCGCCGCAAAGAACAGCGUGUUGAUGACCUCAAUAUGGAGGUCACUAACAGGGAGCGGAAGAUCGCUUCACUUCAGACCCAAGUCUCCGAUCUCCAUGCGGAGAUUGCUCAAACUGAAACUGAGUACGGUACUCAGAAACAGCUCGUAAAAAUACUGCAAGAUAAGCAACGUCAGCACCAGAAUGAGGUUCAGAAAUCUGAUGAUGUUAUUCGUCAGUUACGGGAUGAGUUGGCAAGAACCAAGGAAGAUUACUCUAGAACAUCUCAUGAUAAAAGAAGACAAAAAGUAUCUCAUUAUGAAAGACGUAUUCAUACCCUGGAGGCAGAGUUGCAGGACUCCAAGGAGCAGAGAAGGCGGGCUCUGGAAGAGAUCGGACAGCUUCAGGAUCGUCUAAGAGAUGGCCAGACUUCAACAAAGGAUCAUCAUACUGUGUUGAAAUCGGAACUUGCUAGAAGAGAUGAGACGAUACAGAAGUUGCGGCGAGAUGUCCUUAGUCUGCAGGAGAAACGAGACGCAGCAGUUUCUGAGCUGGACCAGGAGACUAAAAAUCUGCAUAUAUCUGAGGAUAAAAUAAAACAUCAACAAGAGGAGCUCCAUAGAGUAGAAACCAGAGUUAAGUCCCUUGAAGAGGAACUCUCCAAUGCAAAGAAACAAACAGAAGAUGCAAAAACAGAAGUGAGUAAUCAUGUAGCAAAAUUGGCACGGAAAGAGGGCGAGAUUGCGUCGAUACGUGCACAGCAUUCGGAGUCUUGCGAGCAGAUAACUAUGUUAACAAACAGUAUACAGAAACUACAGUCCUCCUCCAAGGAUACGAGGGAUGCACUUACAUCUGAGGUGGAGAAACUGAAACGAGAGAAAGCUGAAGUUGCUGAACGUCAUGAUGCAAUUGUAAAGCUGCGUAAUGAAAACCGUGAAAUUGAAGAAAAAUUGAGGGAGGCACUUGGAACAGCUCAGCAUAGGGGAGAAGUUGUUAAACAACUGAGAGACGAGUUGAAAGGAACUGGUGGAAAGUCUGAAGCAGCAGAACGCCGUAUUGAGCACCUGGAAAAAGAACUGCAAACGUUACAUAGCAGAUAUUCUGCGGCAACUAGAGAGAUUGACCGAAUGCAGGUUAACCUUCAGGAACGUGAUUUGAUGACUGGACAGUCCGAGACAAUGUUCAAGUCAAAGCUGACUGACAAGGAUGAAGAAGUUGCCAGGUUAAAGGCUGAAAUAAACAUCUUACAUGAAAAAUUAUCUCAGAACCAAGCACAGAUGCUGUCACGUGAAGAACAUAUUGGCCGUCUACAGUCGACUGUCCGAGACUUGGAAGAGGACUGUACAAAGAAAGAAUCCGCACUACAGAAACUGGAGAGAGAUCUGAUGAAUGUGGAAGAUGUUAAACAUAAAACUGAUGACAGUUUAUCAAGAAGAGAAAUAACCAUUCAGCAGUUAGAACAUGAGCUGGCCCAGGUGAAGACUCAGUAUCGAGAGUCUGUAGAGGAGAACGGCAGACUAGAGGCUCGAAUCCAAGCUUUCGCCAUCAAUGCACAGAGUGAACAAGAUGUUCUUAACUCUGAGGAAAUAUAUUUACAUGUUCGGGUGAAGAGACGAGAAGAUGCUAUAAAACGUCUCAAAAUGGAUUAUGUGAAUCUACAAGAAAUCAACAAUAAACGAGAAGAAAAGAUUAACCAGUUGGAAAGAGAAGUGGAGCAACAUAAGACACAAUUAAGGACAGCUAACUCUGAGAUUGAGACAAAGAAAAGCAGCGUUACGAACCUGGAAGCUCAGAUAGAGGAUCUGAAGAAAAGGAGUUCAAAUCAACUUGAUGAGAUCAACCGACUUGAGGACCAAGUUAGAAAUAUGAAUAUAGACCAGACCGCCAUGCAGUCAAAGAUUGAUAACCUCCAACUUAAUGUCAACAACAAGGAAGAUUUUAUUGGUCAGUUGAAAGCAGAUCUUGCCUCUCUGCAAAGACAGCAGAAAGAAACUACAGAAAAGGUUGUAGUGAGGGAUGACACGAUUCAGAAGUUGAACGCAGAUAUUGGUAAACUCAAGUCAUCACAUAAUGAGAAACUUCAUGAGAUAGGUAAACAGACAGAAACCAUCAAGAAACUACAAGAUGCCCUCACACAGUGUCAUUAUGACCUGGAUGAGACACGGAAAAAGGCUGAGGAAGAUAAACACGUGAGGGAAGAACAGGUGAAACAGUUACAGGAAGAUUUAAUGGAAUCCCAGUCACAGUACAGUAAAUGUUAUAAUGAUAUGUUGAAAGCAGAAGAUGAUAUUGAGAAACUGAAGGGAGAGAACUCCAAUUUAAAUAAGAUAACACAGUCAACUUCUGAGGAGACAACUUCACUGCAAGAACAAGUGCAUCAGUUAGAGCUAGACCUCACCAUUUCUCAGGAAAAACACAGAACUUGUCAAAAAGAGGUUGCAAGUCGAGACCAAGCUAUACUGAAACUACAAACAGAGCUGGACACAACAGGGGAGAAAUAUUCUGGAGCUGUUGAUGAGUGUAAAAUACGUGAUGAUGAAAUGCAGAGGUUAAAUAGCAAAGUAAAACAACUUCAGCAGGAGAUACGCAAUCUGAACGCUGAAAUAGAGGAUCGUGAUCAGAAGGGAGCUAGAGACCAGAAGACAAUACAACAACUUCAGCAUGAUCAGGAAAUCACCUUACAAGAGACGCAGCACCAGAUCAAGAAUCAUCUCCGUACGAUCGAACAAAUGAAAACAGACAUGCAGGUCAUGAGGCAGACGCACAACCAAGAGGUCAAGCGUUUCCAAGGUGACAUAGAGGAAAUGAGGUCAGAGAUCAACAGUACAAAGACAGAGUUAGAGGAAACUCAGCAGCAGAAUAUGGAAAUGUCGGGAAAUAUCAAAUCUUUGAACGACGAACUGGACAGGUUCCGCCAGAUGCAGGAAGAGACAUCCAUUGAAACACAGCGUCACUUAGACAAUAUAAAGCACCAAGAUAAGACAAUAUCUGAUCACAAACAGCAGAUUCUUGUGCUGGAAGACCAGCUGCAUAAGGCUAGAGAGGAACUACAAGUUCUUGAUACAACACUUAGUAACUAUAAACAAAAAUACUCUCAGAGUAGCAACCAGGUCUCGCACCUUGAUGGCACUGUUAAAAACCUUCAAGAAAAGUUAGCGGAAUCAAGAAAUCGCGAACUAGAAAAAGAUCAGACAAAUGAUGCACUAAGAAAUGAUCUGGACAACUUGAAUAAAAUGUAUAGUGAAAGUAAACACGAAGUGGAGAAGUGUGAGGAUGUUAUAGAACAGUUGACACAGGAAUUGAACUCAUCUCAGGAAGAGCUGUCUCUCACUCAGAACAGAUAUCAGGAGGCUGAAGAAAAUAUUAAUAACCUGAAAAAUAAGAACCAAGAUCUGCAGGCAGAGGCUCUCAAGUUUGAAGAGAGAUCUAAAAGGUUAGAAAAUGAGCUGCAUACAUAUAGAGGAGAGCAUAAUCAUUCCGACCAGGAGUUCAUAGAGAAGGAAGAGCGAAUUACUCAGUUGGAAUACACAUUGGACGAGACACAGAAUGAGUUACACAACAAGUUACGAGUCCUGUCCGAUCACCAGGACCAGCUGAAUGAACUUAAAGUAGAUUUUGCCGGUGUCAGAGAGCAGAAGAAUGCUGCAUUGAAGGAGAUUGACAGACUGGAGCAGAAUUGUGGUCAUCUACAGAUGAACCUGGCCAAGGCCCAGGCCCAACAUAAAGAGGAUAUACGCCAGCUAGAGGAGCACAUUUCCAAAGUAGACAACAGUCUCAGACAGUCACAGGCACGAGGUACGGCACUGGAACAAGAGAUAGCAAGGAAAGAAGAACAGAUCAAGCGCUACGAGUCGGAAAUAAAGUCACUGAGAACUGAUAUCUCUAACAAAUCGGAAGAGAUUGAGAAGUUGGAAGGACAGAUAAAAUGCCUCAAGAUGGAGGUGAACAGUUUGACAGCCACCAAGAAACAGGCAGAAAUGAGGAUGGCUGAGCUGCAGAGUGAAGGGGAGCACCUGAAGGGCGAUCUUGGAGAGGCUCGAGCCCAGUACAAGGACUGUGCACAAGAGCUUGCCCAUCAUGAAGAAAAGCUGAUGUUGAUGGAACAAAGCCUGCAGACGACACAGGAGCAACUCAGCCAGAGGGUGACAGAGGUUGUUAGACAUGAACAAGUCAACAGAAAACUUGAAAUGGAACUCAAAACUCUCAGAGAACGCAAUGCCAAUUCUGAAGAAGAAAUAGAUGAGCAGAAAUGUGUGAUCGACAAACUGCGUAAGGACAUGAUGCACGUAAAGGAGGAGCACCAUGCUGCCGUGCAAGAAGGUCUCGCAUAUAAACAGAAAGCGCACAAAUGUGAUGUAGAAUUAGAGGGUGCUAGAGAACAGGAGAAAAUGCUCACAGAACAGGUUGAACAACAAGAUGCCAUAUUAACACAGUUGCAAACUGAGCUUCGUGCCGAGCGAGACCGUCACCAAGAAACUGGCCGCCAGCUACAUAGCGUUCGUCAGACAAACUCUGACCUGGAAGAUACACUAGAAACUAACCAGAAAGAUAUUAAAGAUCUUUCCAACAAGUUGUUGGAGAAGGAAGAAUUGGUGAAGAAAUUGAGAGACAAUAUUGAAGACGAGAGUAAACGUAUUCAGAAACUGAAGGAAGAUAUUGCCGAGAGGGACGGACAGUUACACGUAGCUAGAAUGAAUCUUCAGCAACAACAGAAACAGUCAGUUCUUCAUCAACAAGAGAUUUCGAGAUAUGAAGAAACAUUACAGCAGUUGCAAGCAGACCUUGAAAGAAGUCAAGAUAACUACAGAAAGGCUCAUGCUCAGUUGAUGGACAAUGAAGAACGGUUACAUGACAUGAAGGUACAGCUGACCACAGUGCAGGGUAACCACAAGGAAUCUAUGGAACAGCUUGGGGACAAGUCACAGCAAGUGGCCAUGCUGAGGACUGAGUUCUCUCGAACACAGCAACAGAACCAGGCAAUGUCUGAAGAUUUGAGCAGUUAUGAACAGAAAGUACAUCAGCUGAAGCAAGAGUUGAAGAAGAUGCAAGACAUCAACCGAGUCUCCGAGAGUGAGCUCCAAAAUUUCGAGAUGAAGUACAAUGACCUGCAACAGGAAGUGAUCACGUCCCAGGACAGGAACCGCCAAGGUCUUCAGGAGCUCUCUGCAAAGGAGGAAGAAUUAGUAGUUGUCAAAGUUGAACUCAGUGCCUUACAAGAAAAAUACAAAGCCAAGUGUAAUGAUUCUGAGAAGUUACUGUCGGAACUUGAGUUGAUGAGACAUAACUACCACAGUGCAAAUGAGGAGAUAAAAGGGUUGAGAAUGGCCCUGGAAGAGUCAAGAACAAAUGGGGACAGACUGCACAAAGAGAGUGAACUGGUUGUGCAGAAUGUCAACACCUGGGUACAGGAACAGAAGCAUGCAAACGAGAAAUUGGGGAACAAAAUCAGAGAACAAAGUAAAGCCAUCAUGCAGCUCACAGCUGAAAAAGAACAAAUGUUGGAACAGAUCAACAAGUAUCAGAAACAGAACAACAAGAUGAAAAUUGAGCUGGACGAGAGACGUAAUGAGGCAGAGAGAUUUAAAGCUCUACAGAAUCACAGCUCACACCAGCAAGUUCUCCUCAACCAACUCAGGUCCAGGCUAGAGGAACAUGAAAUGGAACAAGACCAGGAAAUGUCGAGCAAGAUGGCUACAAUAGAGGAUCUUCAUAACAGACUCAAACUCAACAUUGACAACAUACAGCAGCUUAAUAGUCAGUUAAAUUCUUUACAAAAAGAUAACCACAGGUUACGAAGUGAUUUGGAACGUGAGAUUGGUACCCGGCAGACCCUCGAACUACAGAUCGAGAGUAAAGAACAAACUAUUAAUAGCCUGAAAACUCAACUUGAGGCCAAGAAACAUCUUCUCAUUGAACACAGCUCACCAUUGAAGGAUCCCGAUCGUGCUAAAUUGUCAGACUCUGUAUUGGACAAUGACAAGACUCGUGCCGCUUACAAGAAAGUAAUGGAGGAUAAUGGGGUAACAGAUCCAAAUUCUAUGGACAAAAACUACUGGAUACAGAGAGUUGGCGAGUUGUCUAUACAGCUUCAACAGAGUAGUGAAUAUUGGUCAGAGAAGGUGCGUGAACUGUCCACACAAUUAGGUCAAGCUAAAUCACUGACGGCAAGUCCUCGUCGAUAGCCCCGUCCCUGCCAUACUGUAUCAUCUAUCAUGUGAUGCUGUUGUUUCAACCACUAACUGUAUACAUAUCGCAGAGCAGCUCUGUUUUAAACUCAGCUUGUGAUAUUUUAAAACAACUCAGUAUUAUUGUGAUAUCAGUUCUGGAAUGAAGAAGUUUUUCCUAACAUAGCAGCAGCAGCAGCAGUUGUAGCAUUCUUUUUAGCAUUGUUCAUUGUUUACAUACUUGAAGAAUUUGUUAUUUUUCCUAAAAUUCUGUGGCAGUAACGAUGAGAAAUUAAGAAUGGUUGCAGUUUCAUUAAUAGUAAGUUGCAUAUUACCUAUUUGUAAAUUCCCAAAGGUUGUAACAUUCAUUCCUUUAGAAAGAAAGAUGACAAUUUUUACGCAGAUUUUUUUUCCCUGUAAGAUAUAUAUAGAUGAAAUAUUUAGACAUAACAUCAGUUGGUGCUAAUUUUGUCCAUUUUUCUACUAAACUGACCCAGUCUGUAUCUUAAAGAUAGUUAGAGGAACAUAUAGGUAAAUAAAUCAUAAUAAAAUAGCAAAAAUGAAAUGCUGCUUUUAAAGUUAUUAAUGGUUAAUCAUGUGUGUUAAAGUAACGGUACUGGUAAAUUUCUCAUGAAGAGAGUACAAAGUUUUAAUGUUUUUAUUUAUUUUUAUAUCUUUUUUGUAUAUUUGUGCUAAAAAGUUAUGUGAUAUGUAGAAUAGAUUUUUUCCCAGUAGCACACUUUUUGUCUGUGAUGUAUUUAUGUAAGUUUAUAAUUGUCGAGAAAGGAGAUAUCUCUCUAGAAUAAUCUCCCUUGAAUUGGCAUCGCUCUUGCAAGAGGCAAGAGUGUUGCAUAAAUUGCAGCUACAUAAAUUUUGUAUUAUUGUAGAGGUAUAGGUAGAUGUAUGUACAGUAGAGCUAGUUCUGUGACCAGUAUGAUUUGAUAAAACUGUGGCGUAACUUCGUUUUCCCAACAUUGAAUUAUUUUCUUAAGUGUUUAAUGAAUAUGCUAAGUGCAAAGGAAACAUCAAACAGAGAAGUAACUGGUAUGCUGUACAAAAAAAAACUGCUUUACAAAAAAAAAACUCGCAAAAAUUUUGUUGAUGCAGAGAAACGUCUUAUACUAUAGACAUAAUGUCUGUUUACUGCAAAUCUGACAUUAAAAUGAAGCAAGAAUGUUGCUUUUUGCUGUAGCAUCACAUAUUUUGGCAUGACUAGAAUUUUGCAGAAUUUAGAAAUAGUCUAAAUUAUAUAAGGGUGAAUCCAUUAACUUUUUUUCCAUAAAUAUUUACAGGUCCAGUUUUUGUGACGAAAAUUUUGUGUGAAAUGAUCAAAAGCACUUAAUCAGUGAAAAUUUAGUACCAUACAGAUAGCUCUGAUUUUACAGUACCACCGUCAUACAGAGACAGGAAGCUGUAUGAAUAAUUAAGGAAUGGAUACAGUUGCUGCUGGCAUGUUUUAUUCAAGGUCAUUUUGGCAAAGCAGUUAUUUCCUAGAUGUGAUUAGUAUUCAUAUAAUAUUAUUUGAUGCUAGCUGCACUUUGAUUGGCUGUGAAAAAAGAUGUAAGAGGCAGAUACUGUAAAAUCAUUUCAUUCGUGGGCAUAAAAUUGUCUUGGUUUUUACCAAUAUGGUAUUAGUUGGGAUAUGAAUUCGUGGAUUUCAAGUUCUGAAGAUAAAACAAAUAGAAAUUGUAUGUAUUUGUUGGGAUUUAAUUUCGUGGAUUAACUUAACCACGAAAUCCACGAAAAUUAGUCACCCACGAAUUUUAAAGAUUUCACAGUAGUUUAUAUUUAUUUUUGUAUAUGUUUAAAGAAUAUAUAAUGAUAUUUCUUUAACUUUGGUGUGAUUGCUUAAAUGUAAAGAAAAAAAAAGAUGUUUUAGUGAAUUGAGGUUUUAAAAAAAAAAAUUGUAUACAUUUGAAUGCAAAACGAUUUAAAAGUAUUGAAUCUUGCUAGCAUUUCAUUAUGGUACAGUUUGCCCCAUGCUCUCUUUUUACAGUCAAUCCGUCAUGUUUAAAUGGUACUAGUUAAAUGAAUGGGGCCUUAUCACAUGUUGUAAUAUCUUGUGAUAAUUUUAUAUAUUGUAUGUUUUUACGUUCUCAUUUGUAAUUUAUUAGUAAUUUCAUUACACAUUUGUAUUGUUAGUCAUAUGACAAAAUUUCCUUCAGUCCAAUGAUGAAGUUUUAUUUUUUUCCAUACUUUUAACAUUGCGUUUGUCUGUCUUAUUGUUUGAAAUCCAAGAAAUGUAUUUAACAUCUCAUUUAAAGAAACUCCUGAAUUUGAACUCUUUAAGGCCUAAAAAAAAAUUGUUUGUUUCCAGUAUCCCGAUCUACCCUAAAAAUUUGCUGUGACCCUAAAUGUUUUUAUGGCAGAAAUUUUUUCCGAUAUUUUUGCUAUUUUUUUAUACUUUUCAAGGGAAGUUGUAAAAAAAAAAUUUUAAUUUUUUUUUACUACCUUUCUACUCUUAUUUUUGGGGGGCAUGUUACUGGAAACAUACAUUUUUUAGGCCUAAUGAUAGUAUAGUUUAUGUGAGGGAGUUCAUAUCUGGAAAUAAAAAGGUAGUAAAAAAUUGUGUUGAAGGAAAAUGAAACCGUUUUACUGAUCUUGUUUUUUCAAUCCGUCCUCCAUUAUUUUACAUGAUUGUAUAUCUAUUGUGUUUAUUGUAUUUUAAUUUUUAUGUGUUUUGUUUACCACUUUUAGAUUGACUGCCAUUUAGUAUUAUAAUGUUACCAUUAUUUUACAUUUCCAGUAAAAAAAAAACCUUUUUUUUCAAAGUUUUUACUAUUAUUUUACCCAUGAUUAUUCUUUUUACUUUAUGGAAGAAAACCAAGAAGAUCUGUGAUUAUUUAGAAGAAAAAAUCCAUUUUGUGAUUGUUUAGUUUAUUUAUACUCCGCAGUUGCUUAGUUUUGUUAUAUAUGGGUCUCAUAUUGUAGUAUGCCUGCUCAUUUGGUUUGAAUGUUGCACUUUAUACACGAUAGUUACAAUGUAAGGUUACAAAAAUCAUGUAUAGUUUUACAACAGAAGUAAAUUAAUAAAGUCCAGUCUUGCACAACAAGAUCGGAAAAAUAUGAUAA